AUGGCUUCCGGUAAUUUGGAUAAUUCGAGCGACUCUCCCGACGAAUCAAACGAUAGCUCUAUGGAAUUCUUGCUUAACGCGUUAUACUUUCUUGAAGAUACGGCAAGUUCUAGUGCUCCUCAAACUCGACGGUAUACGGACCGGCGUCGGGAAAUUGGUCUUGCCACUCUUUUGAACGAUUGGUUCGUUCAACAACUAAAAUACGAAAACGAUUACUUUCGAAAGAAGUUUCGAAUGGACAAGACCAUGUUUUUAGAUAUCGUGCGCAACAUUGAAGCAAACUUCCUGUAUUUCCAAGAACGUUACGAUGCAAGAAAAAGAAAAAGUUUUACGGCGAUACAGAAAUGCACAUCCGCCGUUAGGCAACUCGCGACGGGUAACACACCAGACGAGUAUGACCAGUACUUGUGCAUGGCAGCCAGAACCGCACGUGAGACCCUUGAUUAUUUUUGUGACGCCAUCAUUCGGUUGUAUAGUCGAGAGUACCUACGCAGGCCGACGUCACACGACGUUGCACGCAUCUUCGAGGCCCACGAGCUUCGACAUCAUAUGCCUGGGAUGCUUGGUAGCAUCGAUUGCACACAUGUCGAGUGGUCGGCAUGUCCUAGACGUUUGAGAGGGCAAUACACGAGGGGUGACCACAACGGUCCAACUAUUAUGCUUGAAAUCACCCCGUCACAAGAUUUGUGGAUUUGGCAUGCUUUUUCGGUGUCUCGGGGUCAAACAACGACAUCAACGUGUUGA